AUGCAGGAUCUCUUCCAUCUCUUCAGCAGAUUGCUUAUGGUUUUCUUGGUAGCUUCCAUGGUUGCAGUGAGUGCAAGACGAAUGGAUGAUAAUACGUUGCCAGAAAAUAGCCAGUUGAUUGCCGAUCCAGAGACCAACCAAAUAGAUUCGGGGCUCAAGCAACUGCAAAUAGAACUGCUCGCACAACGUUUGGCCGAAAUGAACAGCCCUAUAGGGUUCCAGCGAGACCUGAGGAGUGAAACGGAACGGAAACGCCGCUUUCGCGCAUGCUAUUUCAACCCUGUCAGCUGCUUCAAGAAGUAA